AUGCGCUCGUCCAACCCGCGCCGCCCCAGGCCGAAACUUUCCCCAUGGAACCGCUUCAAACGGUGGCUUUGCUACUGGGAGUCACCCCUCCAAUUACGCAGCAGUCUCUUCCGACUCCGAAAACAAAAACAUCCCUUACUCGCCCUAAUACUCAUGUUCAUCCCAUAUCCAUCCUGGUUCUUCCCAAUCCCCGGACCGUAUUCUCUCCGCGCCCUGAUUGAAGACAGCAGGAACAAGACCGGUAUCAUCCGCUCGCACUUCGGCGAGAUCCACAACCUGCGCGCUAUUCCCAUCUGGUGUUUGCGCGACACCCCUCUCCGCUCUAUAUACCGGCUCUACGAGCUGCAUCUCGCUGAUCGAUACGAGCUCAUGGGCUAUGAGACCGAGUAUUUCUUCUAUAGACCUGAUUGGUCGUUGUGUGAUAUUCCUGAUCCGCACGACGAGGAUCCGCUGCGCUAUGCCGUUGUUGCGUGUAUCGCGGAGGAAUUGUACGAGGCCGUUAAUUGGAGGCUUAGUCUUGGGUUGAGACGGAAUGGGAGGCAUGUCUUUCGAGACGAUGAUCAUGAUCCUUUGCCGCCAUUUAUUCCUGAGGACUUGCCCGACUGGGUGGAUGAUGUUGCGCCCAUCAAUAAAGAGCUGUUGAAGCGCUCUGUGCCGAGUGAUGUUCUGGAUGCAGAUGGGAAUCUCGUACUAGAGGAACAGGGGCAGAGUGGCAUAUUUGCUCGACGGAAUAUUAUCACCAACACAGGCUGGUUUUAUACCAUCUAG